AUGUACCAGAAUGAACUCCAGAAAGACGACCUGAAAUUUUGGAGUCUCCGACGGAAAGCCAGUGAGCCUCGACACAACAGAACAACUUUUACCGGUCUGACACUUGCUGAAUGUCGGUAUGUGGAAGGGGGCAAAAUAUUCUCCCUCAGUCCAGUGCAUUUAAGUAGACCCACCGGUCCCCAAAAGGACCAUAAAUAG